AUGCACAAUCCAAAGGCGUGGAUAACGAAGAUGCUGACCUUCGACUGGUUCCACCAGUGUUUUAUCCCGCAAGUCAAGGUGUAUCUAUUAGAGAAGGGCUUGCCAUUCGAAAUCCUUCUCGUUAUGGAUAACGCUGGUGACCACGCUACUGAUCUGUCGCAUGAGGGCAUUAUGAAUGAGUUCCUGCCGCCCAUCACUACGUCACUUAUUCAGCCAAUGGACCUGCCACCAUUGUUGCCCGAUGGUAUUUACGACGACAAGGGAAUUACACCUGCCGAAAUCCAACACUCCGCAGUACAGAAAGCUUUGCAGUUGGCUGCGAUCAUUGGAGGUGAUGUGACCACCGGAGACAUCGACGAUUUAUUAGACUGUCACUUCCAGCCACUAACCGACGCAGACCUCGAAGACUUGACGAUGUCGGCCAGCGAAGAAGAAGAAACGCAGCAAGAAACGGAAGAAUUCGUCGACCAAACUUGCUUGACUUUGGAACGGCUGGCCAAGCUCUGCAACCUGGCUAAAGAAUUGAAAUGUUUUUGCUGCCUCGCAAAAAAAGAGCCGGUUCCUGCUGCUACUCCUACGGCUGCACCUUCGGAAGAAAUAGAAGAGGUGACCCAGGAAAGAGCACCGUCGUCUGAAGGGACGUAA